AUGAGCGAUCCAUCGAAGAAAUCGAAAGACUCGGUAGAUCCCCUGCUGAAAUUGAAGGAGGAGAGAGAGAAAUUAAUUCAGUGGUCUCUCAAGUUAAAGAAUAAUAAUUCUUCUUUCCUAAUUUCUGAGAAAUUGGAUGCCGAAAGGAAGUACUCAAGUGAUGACUCGCUGGGGGUGGAAGCUUCCGAUUCCCGGAUUCGUAAGGGCCAAGUGAGGAGUACUAGGUGGAACAUCAAUGCAGGUAAGAGAGCAGAUCAAUUCCUGGAUGGUGUGUCCUCACAUGAGGUUGAUAAUGACGAAGAUGGCGAAGCUGCCGGUAGCGAUCACCUUGCCUACCAUGAUGAUGAUCACCACAAUGCGAAUAAAAACGAACGAAGGAACAGAAGCAAAAUAAACCUUAGCGGAAGCGUAGAUCACACGAGGAGCUUCAACGUACUGACGAGGGACAACAUAUCGGAAGAGGAACAUAAAAAUAUUCGGUCCAACAUUAGAAAAAAUAACAACAAAAAAAAAGAAAUAGACAUAUAUGGAGACGGAUCGAGUUAUGAACAAAAUAGCCAAGAUGAGGAAUACUCAGUUGGACGGAAGUAUGAAGAGAAGAACCAUCAUACGCGUAAAAAUCGGAACAACAAAAUUGAAGAACACAUCAGUGACCAAAGCUCGGAGGGUUCCUUUGGACCAAAGUCGUCCCACAUUAAAAUGAGCAAAAGGGUAAGGAAUGAAUACGAUAAUUUCUCACCCCAUGUACAUACUGAGGAAAAUUUUUUUAAAAUUCCAAUGAGGGAAGAAGUAAAAGGCUCAGGCUUAGUCGCACCCAAUGAGGUGCAAAAUAAAGAAGGCGUAGAAAAUCGCCAUAGUGAUGAAGCGUUUCCGAAUAUGAACACUACCAACCAGAAGAGGAAAAUAAAAUUAACGAGGAAGGUAAAAGCAAGGGAAGUAAAAAACAACGCCAACUAUUUUUUAAAUUCAAACGGUCUGAAGAUUUUGACUCCCGUGGAGUUCGAGAGGAGUGAAAUCGGUUACGAUGCAAACAACAAGAGACACAGACACACUCGAAACUUUUCGCACUGCAAAUCAUCAAACGAAAGCGUGCAUACCUUCUUACCGGGCGCAUCCCCAAUCAACGCGAGGGACAAUUUCUCCUCCACAACGCUACAAUCUAAUAGUAAUGAACACAUACCAAUAUCCAACGAUGGAAAACUAAGUGGAACCAAACUAAAGUAUAAGAAAAACAAUAAACUCUCCACCCUGUUAGAAGAAAAGGUACACAUAUUGGAACAGAAGAAGGAAUUGCUGAAUGACAAAAUUAAGGAUCUCCAUGAUAAUACCUACACCCUGAUGGACGCACAAGAAAGGGAUAAUUUAACCAUCCAACAUUACGAAUUAAUUAUAAAAAAUUUGGAAUCCAAAUAUAACAAACUUUUUAACAUGUAUCAGGAGCUGGAUGAGCAUCGCAUCUCGUACGUAGAUGCGUAUCGUGAAAAACAAACAAAAAUUGAAAACCUAUGUGCAAUUAUGCAAAUAAAAAGUGAAGAGAGCUUAAAAUUAACAGAAGAAAUGAAUCUUUUAAAAAAAAAAAAUGAAGAAAUACAAGGACAAAUUUAUGAGUAUAUAAAAGACAUAGAAGAUAAAGAAGUCGUGUUAAAUAAAAAAAAGGAAGAAUGUGUCAAUUUAAAAAAUGCUCUUGAAAAAGCCAACGCAGAAAAUGCAGACUUAACAUGCAGACUAAACGAGGUUAGUACCCAGUUAGAAGAAGCGCUAAAUCAAAAUAAAGUGUUGCAAGAAGAAAACAAUAAUAUAAACCAUAAGUACAAAACUAUGAGUAAAAGUGGAGAUAUCACCAACAAUUUUUUCAUUCCCAAGAUAGAAAAUUUGGUAGACAUUAUUAACAAACUUCUGGAAAUUUUUAAAUCCAAUGAAGAAAAUAUUUUAAAUUAUGUUGAUUUUUUUAAGGAAAACUCUUCAACCAUUCAGGAAAAAUUAGCAGACAAUGGCAACAUAUGUGAUGAUGUCAUUCGUUUGCUAAAUGUCAAUUUGGUGAACUCCAUUGUCGAUACCUUCAAGCAGAGAGAAAAGGAACAUACUGAACAGAAAGAAAAAAUGGGAAUUAUUUUCGAUGAUCAAAUUUUGAAAAUGUACGAAACGAAUAUUAACAAUGUUGAAGUUGCUAAUAAAUACAUUGUUGAGUUAAGAAAUAAAUUAAUGUCUGUCCUUUUGCAAAGAAAUAAUUUGAAGAAAAGAACGCUACUCUUUUCUACUGCACAAGGAAGAUUAAACGACAGGCCAAUAAUUAAAGAACUCAAAAAAAUUAAUGCUGGUACGUUACUCCACAAGUGCAAAUAUCACUCCUUCACGCACAAACCGGUACCCAUUUUUAUGAAAAUCAUGGACAGUCGCUUUAUCACUUGGACCAGGGACGUUAAGGGGAAAGCAGGCUUCAAGCGAAGGAAGCUCAUCGACAUCAAGGACGUGAUCUCCAUAGACUACGGACUCAAGAGCACACCCGUAUAUUGGCUAAUCGAAAAGCACAACAAAAAGAGUCUCGAAAAAAAAAAAAUACAACCAAGCCAAUUUUACAAUAACGCACAUGGAAUACACCCCUGCAAAUGCUUCACAUUGCGCACCCGGGAAAGGACUUAUGAUUUUUUCUCCAAAGACGAAGAAGCUAUAGCCACAUGGGUCGUAGGACUGGGCGUACUGUGCUACCAAUACAACAAAUCUGCUAACAUACAGUCGCGCUCAGAAUUUGUUGUAAAGAAGGCUCAGCUGAAAUUGCAGCUCCACUGUAUUAAGCGGAACAUAAAUUACACUACUCUGUGGAAGGAAGCCAUCGAACGCACGCAGGAGCAACAGUCGUAG